AUGCAUAUCUUAACAAACAUUGCCAGGCACUGUAAUGCAUGUAAGCGAGUACAGCAGAGAAAGGUGUUCACAACUCCAUUGGUUGAUGAAGAGAUUCCCUCCAUUUCAAUGAAUCAGGUACAGUACAGAGUUGUUAGAUGGAGGAAUACAGAGUACCGAGUAGGAACCAGUGUGUACCUUCAGCCAGGGUCCUUCAAAUUAAGAAAUCUGUUCACUACUUUCUAUGAUAAACCAGAAAAGAGGAAAGUAAAUGAAGAUAUUUACACAGAGUUUUAUCGAAAGAUGGAAGAUGGCAUUAAGGGUUCCCAUGAAGACACACCUGAGCCAUUCUGUAUUGGCCUUAUUACGUGCAUAUUUGUAGAAAAUAGUGAGAACUGUGCAAAGGAUAUUAAAUUAAGAGUAAAAAUGUUUUACAGGCCAGAAAAUGUAAUGAAUGAAAUAGAAGAUGUCUUAAAAGCAGAUCUUAACAAGUUGUAUUGGAGUGACAAUGAGUGCAUAGUGUCUUUUGAAAAUGUUGUUGGAAAAUGCUGUGUGGUGUACAGUAACAACUUGACUGUACCAGUAAUGAAGUGGUCAUGUGAAGGACCAGACAGAUUUUACUUCACAGAAACUUUUAAUUCAUCGACAAAGACAUUCAGUAGGCCUACACCUCGAGGAGAAGCAUCCCUUCUUGGAAAGCGAAUCAAGGUACAGAUAACACAGCAUACUGUUUAUAAUAUUUUUGGUGCCCAGAUUAUACUGGGUUUUAAAAGUUUUUGGUUCCACUUACAAAUUCAUAUAGUUUUUUCUUUACUCAUGUGCCCUUGUGGAACUGUGGUGUCCUGCACAGUCCAGCAUGUCUUAGCCUAUGAAUUUUUAUGCACACUUUCCUACAUACGCAUCACAUUCUCACAAUCAUCACUAGUAAUCUGUACUGUAGAUCCUUAUCAAAAUAUGGACUCAUGGUGCCAAACAAAGCCACACUGCACUACACAGUCACACAUUCACAGUGCAGGGUUCUCUCAUGCAGCAGAUGAGGAUUAUGUUGAUUACAUGGUACACAUUACCGGUAGCUCUGCUUAUUUACACCAGUGUCUACAUGAAAAUGGACAUCAUCUGCCAUUAGUAAUUAAAGUUCCACGUGAAGUGCAAGGAGUGAUCUGGCAUUGUUGGCACCACGGUGUGUCUGGCAGCAGAAUGGUGAGGCCUUCAGUCUGGAUGGAUGUUGUGGCAGAGCUGGCUGAUAUUUUGCACAAACUUUAUGGGAUUGGGGAAUCACAACAUGCACAUCAUCAUUCUCUGUUUGCAAGAGCAGAACACUUGUUUGUGCAAAAAGUGUAUGAUGAUUUGAGAAACAGAAUUGUGCCACUGGUUGGAGGAUUCUUUUCAAUCUGCAUCACCACCCAUGGCACAUGUAUUACAAAACAACCUGAGGAGCUGAGACAGAAGCAGUUGCAGUGGCUACACUUUGAACAUAAACGGGAAAAUUUUGGAGACAUUCAAUAUCCUGCAAACAGCUUUGAAAGUGGGAUGAGCUUGACAGGAUGGAACGAGGCUGUAAAAGUCUUACAAUGUGUGAACUUCCCCAUGAGUGAUUAUAGCUCCUUAGUAUCAUGGGAUGCAGGAACAUCUCUUAUGGCAGCUGAGUAUGAUGUAGCUGUGCGUUUACACUGUGCAUUUAAGGGAAUUUUUGUAUUAACACUGUUCCAGGAGCAGUUGAAAGUUUCUCCACAGAGUUUAAUGCAAGGCAUUACACUUCAGGACCAACGGUGUACGAAAAGUAAGCAUUUCACUCCGUUAAAUUUUGGAGCAGCUACUGGUGGCAAUGCUACUCAUUUGUGUAGUAAGGAUAUCAGUUGGCUGACAGCAAGCAGACACACAAUACAAGUGACUAGAAGCAGAGCAGCAAAAUUUAGAAAAACGACACAUGCAACAGGCAGGCAGCUGCUGUUGAGGUUGAGCGUCCUGCUUGCCCAGCUGGCUGAUGGGGGCGAACAUAUUAUGCGACUGGUGGGCUGCCAGCCGACACAACCUCAGGAGCACUGUACUCUAUGGGCACUGUGGACUAGUAGCACUUUCAAGAAUGGCAGCCAGUGUAGGAUGGAUGUAAGUGAGGUGAAAUACUGGCCAGAUGUUAACAGGAAGUUGAGAACAUUGGAUAUUUUUGCUGGUUGUGGAGGUCUUUCAUAUGGUCUUCAGCAGUCAGGUGUUGCUGAAAUAUGCUGGGCAAUAGAAAAAGAUAUGGCUGCUGCAGAAGCCUUCAGCCGUAAUCAUCCACACUGCACUGUUUUAAUGGAUGACUGCAAUUUGUUGCUCCAGCUUGUAAUGAAUGGAGGCAUAGAAAAUAGUAAACGUCAGCAGCUCCCACAAAAAGGAGAAGUUGACCUGAUAUGUGGAGGACCACCAUGCCAAGGUUUCAGUGGAAUGAAUAGGUUUAGCGAAAAACUAUACUCACGUUUCCAGAAUUCUCUGGUUGCAUCUUUCCUGUCAUACUGUGAUUAUUACCGGCCAAAAUUUGUUAUCAUGGAGAAUGUUCGCAAUUUUGUAGCAUUUAAGCAGAGUGUGGUUUUAAACUUGACUCUUAGAGCCUUGCUGGAGAUUGGUUACCAGUGUACAUUCACAGUACUUCAGGCAGGGAAUUUUGGUGUGCCACAGAGCAGAAAGAGGGUAAUACUCCUUGCCGCAGCCCCUGGAGAGCUCCUGCCUAGCUUUCCAGAAGCGACACACGCAUUUAGUCAAAGUUUGUGUCAGCUGAACGCUGCAGUAAAUGGACAGACAUACUACUCAAAUUGUAAUCGGAUGUAUUCAGCCCCAAUGCGCACUAUAACAGUGCGUGAUGCUCUUUCUGAUCUUCCAGAAAUUCCAAACGGGCAUGAUAAAUGUGAAAUUCAUUACAAGAAAAGACCACUGACACAUUUCCAGCGUUUGGUCCGUGGCAAUGAGAAACAGAAGGUGCAAUUUUGUCAUAUGAUGAUGUUGCGAGAUCACAUCUGCAAGAAGUUGAACCCUCUAAAUGAAGCACGUGUUGCAAAUAUCCCUAAAAAUGCAGGAGCUGACUGGAGGGAUUUGCCGAAUAUUGCCAUGCGGCUUUGUGAUGGCUCUUACCUGAAGGAACUCAUGUAUACCAACUAUGACCCAAGAAGUGGACAGAUGCGUGGUGUUUGUCCUUGUGCUGAAGGCAAGGAAUGUGAUCCUGCAUACAAGCAGAAUAACACACUCAUCCCUUGGUCUUAUGUUCACACUGCCUAUGACCACAACAACUGGCGAGGGAGGUUUGGCCGUGUAAACUGGAAUGGUUUCUUCAGCACAAUAACAACAAAUCCAGAUCCAUCAGGAAUACAGGGCCGGGUUCUUCAUCCAAAACAGUCAAGAAUAAUGAGUGUUAGAGAAUUUGCUAGAGUGCAGGGCUUCCCUGAUAGUUUUAUUUUCUGUGGAUCAAUAGCAGAUAAGUACCGUCAGGUUGGAAAUGCUGUCCCACCAUCAAUGAGUGCUGCUGUCGGGUAUGAAAUAGCAAAAUGCUUGGUAAUUCACACAGCAAGACAGUGCAGCGAAUGA